GACAGUGACGCCGCCUUCUCGGCUGCGCGCCUGCGCAAUAGUCAAGCGCUCUUACUCCGCGCCGUAGUGACAGAAGCUGUUAGCAUGAAGAGAGCGGCGAGAAGCAGCGAGAGGCAGCCAACGAGCAGCUAACUUUUGAGAAAUGGAGGAGUUCCCAUUACUUCGACCUCGUUGAAACUAAGGGGAGGAAUGUGAGUGUGAGGUGUACACUGUUCCUUGGCCAGAAACUUUUGUUCAUUGCCGUGAACUCACCUGCCAACCUCACCAAGCGUUUGAAAGGAAAACAUGCUAACAUGACGCUUGUAGCUCAGGACCCCCGGGGAAAUGGUGAUAUGUCAAGUCCAAGCACAGACAAGCAGCUAAAACUUCAUUUUCACCAGGUUGUGGUGACACCAGACAGAAGAAAAUGAUGUGUUUGGCAGACAGACUGAAUGGAAAUCACUGGAAACACUAAAAGACAGAGGGCUCCAUCAGCUACGGUUCAUAUCUUCAGAAUAAACCUUGCCCCCUGAACCUGUGCAGCCAGUGGACUUUGCUAAUCCAAAAUGGGUGUCGUCAGCGGGUUGCUGCUGCUGGCGGUGGCGGCUGUCUGCAGUGGGAGUCUGGUUGUGGUGAACUCGGGGGUGGAGGUCACCAGGGGUCGAUCGGUGUUUAUCACGGAGAAGGAGCUGAAGAUCAGCGCGGACCCAACCGUAGACUGUAAGGUGGAGGUGGUGAUGAAUGAACCCGUCACUCAGAGGGUGGGGAGGCUGACUCCACAGGUGUUUGACUGCAGCUUUCUAGAGGACGAGGUGAAGUAUGUCCACAAUGGCAGUCCUCAGCUGAAUGAGGACUCAGUGAUGUUAAGAGUCUACAGGUUCACGUCCUCGGACACCCUAGUGGAGACGGUGGUUCUGCCCGUGUGGGUGGUGGACUCCGGGUCUGGUGUAGUAGAGCUGGGCAGCGCCCCACUGGUGGUUCCUCAGUUUUACGGUUUAUCCAACACCAUCGACAGCUCCGUCCUGAACAUCCGGACCACAGCCCACCUGAUCUGCAUUGUCAGACUGAUGACCACCGACACCAGUGUCCCUGCUCUGGGUCAGCUGGUGAGGGAGGAGGACUCCGCACAGAGGAAAGGCAGAGAGACAGCAACGAUUUGUCCGGGUAACAAACCCUGUCUUCAUCACACCAAGAAGGUGCAUUUUCUCAAAACCAGCUGCCAGGACUUCCUGACCUCCGGACUGAAGUACCAGCACCUCAGCCCUCCAUCACCAGAAAUCGACUACAUCCCCAUCAGGGUGGAGCUGAGGGAGCAGGCCACCAGGGCCUUGCUGGAGACAGAAUCGGUAUGGCUGCCGGUUCUGAUCCAUGGUGCGAUGCAGAACCAGCCUCCUCGGGCUGCCUUCAUGGCCUCCUUCAUCCUGGAGGUGGAUCAGUUCAUCCUCACUCCACUUACCACUGCUGCCCUGGAUGCCAAGGACCAUGAGACACCACAGGAGAGGCUGGUCUUCAAUGUGACAGCCCUGCCAGCCAAAGGCUACAUCACCCACUUGGAUGACCACACCAGGCCCAUCAGGUCCUUCACCUGGCUGGACCUCCAUGAGAUGAAAGUGGCCUAUCAGCCACCAAACAGCAGCCAAUCACACCGCAGCAACUAUGAGGUGGAGUUCCAGGCUAUAGAUGGCUCCUAUAUGACCAGCCCGCCUCUCAUGGUCCACAUCUCCAUCAGGGCAGCUGAAACAAAUGCACCCAGGGUCUCCUGGAAUAUGGGUUUGGACCUGUUGGAGGGUCAGUCCCGGCCAAUCACGUGGGAGGAGCUGCAGAUAGUCGACAGCGACAACAUUGAUGCAGUCUACCUGGUGGCGGUUGAUGGUCCUCUUCAUGGACAUCUUAGUGUCAGAGGGGGCAAGGCAUUCAUGUUUCGAGUACAGGACCUGAGGGACGGUCUGGUCGUCUACCAUCACUCCGACAGUGACACCACCCGUGACCACAUUGUCUUCCGCAUCAGCGACGGUCGUCACAGCAUCCGCCACAAGUUCCCCAUAAACAUCCUGCCUAAAGACGACUCGCCGCCGUUUCUCAUCAACAACGUGGUGGUGGAGGUGCAGGAGGGUGGGGCUGUGAGACUGGAGGAGUACAUGCUGUUAGCCUCCGACAUGGACUCCAGUGACAACUACAUCCUCUAUCAGAUCGUCUCCAGGCCUCAGGCAGGGCAACUGGUCAAGAAGACCUCUGCCCACGAGACAGGAGCUCCAGUGGACACUUUCCUGCAGAGAGAUCUGAUCCAGGGUCAGAUCUACUACCAGCACUCCGGAGAGGAACGGUUCGAAGACUCCUUCGACGUCGUGCUGUCCGACAGCCACCAACCGCCCAACCUCUCCCAAACAUACACUGUGGUGGUCCAUGUCUUCCCGGUGAAGGACCAGCUGCCGGUGGAGGUUCCCGGCAGCGUUCGCUCUCUGACGGUGAAGGAGACGGAGGUGGUUUACAUCACUCAAGCUCACCUCCACUUCACUGACAGAGAACAUCCAGACACGGACCUAACCUACGUCAUCACACGGCCCUGCUUCAGCCCACUGCACCCUGGGCUGAUGGAUGCAGGGCGCCUCUUCUACACAGACAGCACCAACGCCAUGAAGAAAGACCACAUGGUGCCAGUGUUGAAGUCCUUCACACAGCAUGCAGUGAACCACAUGAAAGUGGCCUUCAUGCCUCCUGUGGAAGACAUCGGCCCAGAGCCACUGUCGGUGCAGUUCGUCUUCUCCGUCAGCGACCAGCAUGGCGGCGGCGUCUCCGGCCUCCUCUUCAACAUCACCGUCAACCCCGUGGACGACCGCGCACCAGAGGCUUUUACCAACCUGUUGCGCGUGGAGGAGGGCGGAGGGGCCUUUGUGACAGAGGAGCAUCUCCUGGUUCAGGAUCGGGACACCCGGCAGGAGUUGCUGAGGGUGGAGGUUGAGAGUACGGCUCGCCACGGCCGGCUGGACCUGCAGGGCCGAAUGCUGCUGCAGGGAGAUGGAUUCAGCAUGCAGGAUCUAAGAGGACUGCGACUCAGGUACAUCCACGAUGACUCUGAGACCACUGAAGACGAAGUCGGCCUGAAGGUUACAGACGGUCUGAACUCGGCGGUCGUCGUGCUGCUGAUUCAGGUCCUGCCCAUGAAUGAUGAGCCUCCCCAGCUGGGGGGUGGGCUGCAAGGAGAGCUGAGCUGUGAGGAGGGGGGGCGGGUCCAGGUGACGGUGGACUACCUGUCAGCCACAGACCGGGACAGCGACGACUCCAGGCUGACCUACAUGCUGGCCCGGAGUCCAGGCCGAGGGGAACUGCAGAGAGUCGGACUGACCGUGGACAAGUUCUCCCAGCAGGACCUGCUGCAGGGACACAUCUACUACGUCCACACAGGAGGAGAAAUUGGACCCGAGCCCACGUUUGACACCAUAACCCUCAUCAUCUCUGACGGAGAGGCUGGAGUGACGGAUGGCUGUUGUCACGGAGACGCCCUGCCCCCACCGGUACCUCUCCAUGGCACGCUUCCUGUGUAUGACCUCAACAUCACCAUUCUUCCUGUCAACAACAAAGUCCCUGCCGUCACUCUGGGUGAGUCCAUGCUGGUGGUGGCCGAGGGCUCCUCAGCCUGUCUCUGUGGGGGGGUCCUGGGGGCCUCGGACCCUGACAGCCGCCCCGACCAGCUGACCUUUCACCUGGAGACGCCGCCAUUGCAUGGCUUCCUGGAGAACACGUUGCCAACGCCCGGCUCUGAGAAGAGCAACGCAGGAGUCCGAGUCGAAUCCUUCACUCUCCAGGACCUGACCUCUGGUUUCAUUAACUAUGUCCAAUCGGAGAGCAAAGGGGUGGAGCCAACUGUCGACCAGCUGUCCAUCAGUGUGAGUGACGGGCUGCACCACUCCCCCCCCAUCCCCUUCUACAUCAUCAUCGAUCCAACCAAUGACGAGACGCCAUCUGUGCUGCUCGCCAACUUCACCGUAAAGGAGGGUGGGAUCAGGGAGCUGACUCCGUCCUUACUGAACGGUUUCGACCUUGACAGCCCUCAGGACAUCCUGACCUUCACGGUGGUGCAGCCGCCAGCCCACGGCAGCCUGAUCAACGGCAUCUACGGCGCCGAGACGAGCCGCUACGAGGAGAUGGGAGGCGAGCUCCUGCAGCGGAGCCUCCCCGUCACCUCCUUCACCCUGCAGGAGCUGCGACAGGGGAUGAAGAUCAUGUACAUGCACGAUGACACAGAAACCCUGAAGGACGCCGUGGCUCUACGGCUGACAGAUGGCGUCCACACAGUCCAGGGGACGGCUCAGGUCACCGUGCUGCCGGUCAACGAUGAGAAACCACGGCUGCUCAAGAACGCAGGCCUGGAGGUGGACUCCAGCGAGCGCCGGGUGAUCUCCAGCGUGGCUCUGGAGGCUCACGACCGGGACACGCCCCCAAACCAGGUGUACUACUUCCUCCACGCUGAGCCGCGCUUCGGCAAACUACAGCUCAAGACACAUUCGGGUUGGAUCCAGCUGUCGGCCGGUCAGAACUUCACUCAGGACGAUGUGGAGAUGAACCGUCUGUGGUACGCACACACCGCCGCCGCCAGCGCUGCCGGCUUCAAGGGUCACGACAGCUUCCGCUUCAUCCUCAGUGACCUGGACAACGAGACGCCGGCUCAGAGCUUCUUCAUCUCAGUCCACACAGUGCACAAAGGUGACUUAGUGCUGCGGAUCCAGCCGGUGCGCCUGACGGAGGGGCAGCGGCUCGUCCUGAACACCGACAUCCUGCUGGCGUCGGAUGCAGCCGGUCGUCCGGAAGAGCUGGUCUAUACGCUGUCGGUCCCGCCUCGACACGGUCUCAUCCAUGCCGUCCAGCAGCCCGGAGUCCCGCUGAUGUCCUUCACACAGCUGGACGUGGCGGCACACCGAGUGUGUUACACACACGACAACAGCCACGACGCAGAGGUCGACUCCUUCAGUUUUGUCGUCACCAAUGGCGACACGUCCCGCAGCGGCAGCCUCCACUUCACUAUCGAGCACGGCGACCGCAUCCCGCCUACCCUCCACCGCAACACGGGCCUGCGGCUGCAGGACGGCUCCACAGAGACCAUCACCGCCGACCUGCUGCAGCUCACAGACCCCGACACCGCCGCCGCCAACCUGAGCUUCGUCCUCACACGGCCGCCGCGCUACGGUAAGCUGCUUCUGAGAGGAGUCCCGCUGUCCCCGCCGCUCAGCUUCACCCAGACGGACGUGGAUGAGCUGAUCCUGGCUUACCGACACGACCCGAGCAGCCCGGCGGACAUCGACGGGUUCUACUUCCUGCCGAGUGACGGGAAGAACAGAGGAUACCUGGAGUUCGGACAGCUGACAGAGGAGCCUGCUGUGUUUGACAUACAGGUUGAUCGGGUGGACAGGACGCCUCCCAGUCUGACCACCAGGCGCAGUCCCAGCACUGUGGUUGCCCUGGGCGACGGGCGUUACGGCAUUUUCAUCACCUCCAAACACCUGCAGGCGUCGGACUGCGACAGUCCCACAGAGGAACUGGAGUUCUCCAUCACCAGACCGCCACACUUCGGCUACCUGGAGAACGCUGUCACAGGAGCUUACAUCAAAGGACGUUUCACUCAGCGGGACAUCAGCCAGCGCGCCGUGGUGUUUGUCCUCCCAGCCGACGUGGAGGUGACGGCCGACAGCUUCCAGUUCCGCCUCAGCGACCGGGCAGGAAACGCGGCGCUGCCUGAGAUACUGGAGCUGUCCUGGUCUCGGGUCGAGUUGUCAGCGACCUGCUACAGAACCUGCGAGACGGCAGGGACACUUCAGAUCCAGAUCCAUCGCAGUGGGAAGAGCGUCGACCCAGCGUACGUUGGUAUCCAGGUGGAGGAAGGAUCGGCCAAACCCGGCAGAGAUUUCACUCACAGCACGGCGGCUCUCGUCCAGUUUGACCCAGGAGUCACCGUGAAAACCUGGAACGUUUACCUGACAGAUGACGGCCUUGAAGAGAACCACGAGACCUUCACUGUCAGCCUGAAAAACCCCAAAAACGCCAUCCUGGGGCAGAGGACCUCCGCCAGCGUGGAGAUCAUCGACCCCAGAGGAGGAAGGUGUGACCCAGAUGACCUGAAGGUGGAGGAGAACGAGAAGCGACUGCCCGCUCCUCCCCCUGGCCUCCCGGUCCCUCCCGGACCGGAGGAGGAGGAUCCGGUCACCGACAUUGAGGCGGAGCUGCUGUGGGAGAACCAGCCUCAGCCUCCCCGGGGUGAUGUCCCAAACCGCCGGCCCUACCUGGACUACGAAGACGGGGACCCACAGGACCAGGCAGCCCCCGGUUUCAGCCACAACCACUACAGGCAGCUGCCAGGAGCCAGCACUGGGAACGCUGGACUCAGGGUCAGACAUGGAGGACUAAAGGUCCGUCUGUCAGGAGACAGGAGGUCUGAGGACAAAGUCUGGACGACUGUCCUCCCCCUCCGUCAGUUCCACAGUCUGACUCCUCUCCGGCUGGAGGAGGUGAAGCCUGGUGACUUCGGGUGGAGCCUCUCGCCUCACAGUCACCUCCUGAAGGAGCUGCCAGUGGGGGACCCUCCUCAGAUGGAUCGUCCAGAACCCAGACUCCACCCAGAGCUACGCCAACGCAAGACCGGGAAGUCUGUCAGCAGCUUGUGUCCUGACGGCUGGACUCACUACAGGAGACGCUGUUACACGCUCAGCUCGUCCGUGGCCAGCUGGGCGAGCGCCGAGCAGAGCUGCUCACUGCUGUUCAACAGCAGCCUGACCAGCAUGCGCUCCAGACGAGACAUGACCUGGCUGUGGAAGUUCGCAGGGAGGAAGCCGUUUUGGAUCGGUCUGUCCGGAGGUCCUGGUCGCUGGAUGUGGACUGAUGGUCGGUCAGUGUCCUUCUCCAGACUGAGGGGGGCGCCGGUGGGCCGCAGUGAGUCCGGCGAUGACUUGGCUUGCGUGCUGGUCGAGAACCCCAGAAGCUGGAUCUCCACAAGCUGCUCGACCGACACUCAGCACACCUUCAUCUGUUCAUCAGCGGCUCACACCCACUGAGACGCUCACAACAUUCACUGUUAGCCGUCACAACGGCCUCUGUGGACAAAUACACACUGAUGCUGCUCUGGAUUAGUUUUCAUAUUUUUGUCAUAAUAAAAAUCGUUGCACAAACUGAAA